AAUGCAAGAAAAAUCAUAUACAAUUUCCCAACAGAGAAUUAAAGAAAACUAAAUAUAAAGCACAAUGGCAUCAUUUAUCUCCCUUGUUACCUCCCUCCCAAAAUUUGGCCCUGCUGGUGCAUCUAUUGCAAGGGCUCGUCCUUGGAAUUCUAGGGUCUUUGCAGCAGCUACCCCAAGACCCAUUCAAGUUCCAAAGUCGCAUAAUGAAGAAGGUUCAAUAACUACAGAUGGAAUCAAACAAGGAGGAGGAGCCACUGACACAGUGAACAACAAUUUGAACGAAUCAACACAUGAUAAGGCUUAUUCUUCCACUACAGAACAUGUGGCGAACAAAACCAAAGAAGCUGCUAAUAAGGCAUCAUCAAAAACACAAAACAUAGCAGAGAAAGCAAAACAGACAAUGCAAGAGGCAUGGGAUUCAACUAAGAACAAAGCUAAUAGGGCUGCAGACACUGUGCAACAAACUUGGUCAGAGGCAAAAUCAGAGGCUGAUAAUCAAUUGUCUGGCCAUGGUAGUAAGACUGCUGACACUGUGGUGGAAAAAACUAAAGAAUCCGCUGAAUAUGUCAAAGAUAAUGCAGAGGCAGUGAAGAAGAACAUGAACAAAAAGAACUGAUUUAUACUAUAUAUAUGAUAAUUUCAUAUUUACCAUUUUAAUUAGCCACCCUCCUGUUUUUGUAUUUCAUUUUGUGAUUAAUACGGCACCAAUUGUAUAUGGAGAAGAUGGAUGUUUCUUCCCAGUGCCAUAGAUGUGAAACAAUGUCAUUUUGUUUCAUUUGUCAAUAAACAUAUGAGUAUUUAUUUUCUUUUUGCAA